AUGCCGGUGAACGCAGUCGUGGGGCACGGCUUCGUGGCGCAAGUCGCCCUCGGCACGCCGCCCACGACGCAGACCGUCCUCAUCGACACCGCGGCGUCCUUCUCGUGGGUGCAGUGCAGCCCCUGCGGCGCCCGUAACAACAACGGCUGCUACUACAACCAGGACGUCCCGCUGUUCGACAGCCAGACGUCCUCCACCUACACCGCGGGAGCACAAUAUAUGGACCGAUCGGUGUCCGAGGGGUCGCUGAGCAGGGAAACGCUCACCAUCGGCCAAGACAACAAGUUCCCGGGGUUCGUGUUUGGCUGCAGCCGGCGGUACGAGGCACCGUUCGGAAGGUACUCGGCUAUCUUCGGCUUUGCAAACGACCGUCUCUCCUUUUUCUCCCAAGUUGUGGACAAAUCCCGUCAGUACCGAGCAUUCUCCUACUGCUACCUUCCUUCACCCACCUCCGUAGGGUUCAUACAAGUGGGGUCAUAUGACGACGGUGGUUUGGCCUUCACUCCCAUGUUCACCAAAGGCCAAGACUACUUCCUAGCGCUGACAGACAUCACGGUUGGCCAGCGGCAAGUUCUCCGGGCGCCAGACGAGAACGUCCGAGUUUGA